GGGGCACAGAACCAUGAACAAUUUCUUCAAAAUUUUCUAUAUUUUUGUCAAUUUUAUCAUCGUCAACUUUGCAUCAAACCCAGAAUGGGAUCCAAGUGGUUACAUUAUAUAUUGUCCAUGCAUGGGGAGAUUUGGAAACCAAGCUGAUCACUUCCUUGGAUCUCUUGGAUUUGCAAAGUCUUUGAACAGAACUUUGAUUCUUCCACCUUGGAGAACCUAUAAAAAUGUUCCAUUUGAUGACUUCUUCCAAGUCAAGCCACUCCGAGAGUAUCACAAAGUGAUCUUGGCAGAAGACUUCAUGGCGUCUCUGGCUCCCGAAUACUGGCCCCCUGGUGAGAGAAGUGGAUGGUGCGUUCACUUGCCUGGCAGACCAAAGGAGUGCACCAUGAAAGAAGGUAAUCCAUUUGGACCUUUCUGGGAUGGUCUAAAUGUUGACUUUGACUCCUACGUCUAUUUUGAUAUCUUUUUCUCAUCACAGAACAUACCACAGUGGCAAGAAAGAUUCCCGCCUGAGAAGUUUCCAGUGUAUGCCUUCAAGGGUGCCCCAGCUCACUUCCCUGUUGAACCCCGAUACGUACAGCUUCAUAAGUACUUGAGGUGGUCAGAUAAGAUCAUGGAUGAAGCGCAAACAUAUAUUGACAAGAAUUUCAAGGACAAGAAAUUCAUAGGCAUCCAUCUUAGAAAUGCAAUGGACUGGGAGAAUGUCUGUUCCAGUGCUGUUGGAGAACUCACCUACAUGUCCUCCCCUCAAUGUCUUGGUUACCAUAACAACAAGAAAAAUAUCACCCAGAACAUGUGUCUUCCUGAUGAAAGUGAGGUGCUAAGAUUACUCAAGAAUGUGGUGCUAAAAACAAAAACAAAAGUUUUAUUUGUAGCAACGGAUAGAUAUCCCAUGAUUAAACAAAUAGAAGACUACCUGAAGCCUCAAAAAGUAUCCGCCUUCCAUAUGGACCCCUGGCUUCCGCAAGUCGAUCUCGCUAUUCUUGGAAAAUCAGACUACUUCAUCGGGAACUGUUUGUCAUCAUUCUCAGCAUUUGUGAUCAGGGAACGAAUGGUCAACAAAAAACAAUCUUAUUUUUGGGGAAUUGAUUGAGAUUCUUCAUUGAAUGAGACAGUUUGGACUGAUAAUUGAACUGAUUGUUUACUCAGUUUCCUUCAUUGUUGUGCUAUUUCUUAAGACAGUGUAGUAUAACCUCUCUAUUAAGGACCCCGUUGAGGUCAAUUUGAAUGGGAAUGAUAGCUUUGGGAUGAAACAUGUGUCCUUUAUAGAGAGGUGUGUGUUCGCUUGGAAAGGUUCCGCAGUAUAUUUUUUCAAUAAAGUUC